GAACUUACAUAACUUGUUGUUUUUUUAGGUUGAGUGUAAAGUGCAGAGAGAGAGGGGGAAGGAGAGAGGAUAAGCUCUGCAUUAUUGCACCACGUAGUAUAAUUUAACACGGGAGAGCUGCGUGAAACAUUUGAGGAGAGCAGAAGAGAAGAGCAAACAAAAAGGAUCAAGAUAUUUACAGGAACAACACUUUUUCAACAUAAUGGAAAUCCCAGACUUGUCCUCAAUGAAACUACCUAGUCGACCUGAGUUGUUUGAUUUUGAGGGUGUUUCUAUGAUACACUACUUCACUGACAACUGGGAAAACGUGAAAAACUUUCAAGCAAGACCUGAUGACAUUCUUAUCGCCACUUACCCCAAAGCAGGUACCACCUGGGUUUCAUAUAUUCUUGACCUUCUGUAUUUUGGUAAGGAUGCUCCAGACCGCCAAUCUUCCCAGCCUAUCUACAUGAGAGUGCCAUUUCUGGAGUCAUGUUUUCAAGUGAUACAAUCAGGGACAGAGCUGGCUGAUAAUCUGCCCACUUCACCUCGCCUCAUCAAAACUCAUUUGCCUGUUCAGCUUGUGCCCAAGUCUUUCUGGGAGCAGAAUUCAAGGAUUGUGUAUGUAGCUCGGAAUGCAAAAGACAAUGCAGUCUCCUAUUUUCAUUUUGAUCGAAUGAAUAUGGCAGAACCUGAACCAGGAGACUGGAACACCUUCUUACAGAAAUUUAUGGAGGGAAAGAAUGUGUUUGGUUCUUGGUUCGACCAUGUCAGUGGAUGGUGGGAGAAAAAACAGACAUAUUCUAACUUACUCUACUUGUUCUAUGAGGAUUUGGUGGAAGACACUGGACGUGAAGUGGAACGUUUGUGUUCCUUCUUGGGUUUGUCCACUUCAGUUGACGAGAGGGAGAAAAUAACAAAAGGGGUUCAGUUUGAUGCCAUGAAACAGAACAAAAUGACUAACUAUUCCACUCUCCCAGUCAUGGACUUCAAGAUCUCACCCUUCAUGCGGAAAGGUAAAGUUGGAGACUGGAAAGGAAUCUUUACUGUGGCACAAAAUGAACAGUUUGAUGAAGUCUACAAAGAGAAGAUGAAGAAUACCACUGUCAAGUUCCGCACUGAGAUAUAAUACUUCGAGUGUUUUUAUACCUCUUGAAAUAACAUAUUUAUGUGAUCUUUUUUAUUUCUGUUUUUUUUCUAGUAUGUAAAAGUCAUGUGGGAAGUAAGAUAACUGGUGCUUGGGAAGUAAAAUAAUGUGGAAAGUAAGAUGUGGGAAAACUGACCCUUCAAUUACAAGGCUUUUAUAUAGUACAGUACUGUAUGUUGGUGAUAACACUUUCUGUUUUAUUCAAAAGCAAACUUGACUACAAAAAUACAUAGAGACAUGAAUAAAGAUACGUGGGACUACCACAUUCUGGCAUAACUAGCUGGGGCUGCACAGCAUUACUCCACCUUCAUAAAUCAUCUCUUUAAAUGCUGAAAGUAUGCUUGACAGUAUACCAUAUACAGUAAAUGUGUGGGGUUUGAGGAUCAUUUGAUCAAUAAAAUUACAGCAGGUGUAAGUACCAUGCAAACAGUUAAUUCAGACUUUUUUAAAGCUGAAAUGAAAGAUAAUAAUUUCAUUAAAAAAUAUGUACAAGA